AUGGAAUACGAGAAUGAAGCUAAAAGAGCAAUGUGUAUAGCUGAGAAGAAACUCUUAGAGAAUGAUUACUACGGAGCCAAAACAUUCAUUAACCAGGCAAAGAGUUUGUAUCCAAAUCUUGAUGGUUUACAACAAGCCCUGAUUAUGAUCGAUGUUUACAUCUCUGCAUAUACCGGAGGAGGAAGAGAAGCUGAUUGGUAUGAGAUUCUAGGCGUAGAUCGCUUAGCCGAUGAUGAAACCCUAAAGAAACAGUACAAGAAGUUAGCUCUUUUGCUUCAUCCGGACAAGAACAAGUUCAAUGGUACAGAAGGCGCGUUUAAACUAGUUUUAGAAGCUUGGUCUCAAUUGUCUGGUCAUCAAGGUAAACCUAAAAAGAGUGGAAUACAGAAACCACCUAAGCCACACGAGCCAGCUUCAUUUAACAAGCCAAAGCCAAAACCAAAGCCAAAACCAAAACCUAGGCAUGAGCCUGAACUUACGCCUAAGUUUGAACCUACUUUUUGGACAGUGUGCAAUAGAUGCAAGACAUAUUGUGAAUUCUUGAGGGCUGAUUACCUUAACAAGAGAUUGUCUUGUCCAAAUUGUUGUUGGAGAUUCGUUGCAGUCGAGGUAACACCAGAGAUCAUUAAUGGGAGGCCAGUCAUCAGAUUGAGUCCCUCUGAGGAAACGUUUUCUUCAGCUUCGGCAUAUGAUAGCAGAAAGUCUACAAAUCAAGCGCACAAGAGACUAAAAAGAUGGUUUGAGCCUAAGCUUGAGUCUGAUUCUGUAUCAAGGAAGGAGAGAGUUCAUAACUUUACGUUUUGGACUGUGUGCAAUAGGUGCAAGACAUAUUGCAGAUUUGCCAGGUCAAGUCAUGUUAACAAGAUUAUGCCUUGUCCAAACUGUCGUCAAGAUUUCCUUGCGAGCGAGAUCAUUCCAGAGGUAGUCAAUGGUAGUCCUGUCAUCAAACUGAAUCCAUAUUUUCGACCAACAUGCAAAAGCACAAGUGGUGGUGCUUCUUCUUUUACAAGAGCUUCAGCAUCUGGUAGCGCAAAAGCUGCAAGUGGAGGACAAGAAUCAUUGAAAAAAUGGUUUGGUGAGUCAAAAGAAUGUCGUUGCUGCCGCUGCUAG